CACAGUUCUGACCAUACUAAUCCCAUGAAUGAUGGUGAGUCUCAUGAAGAUUCAAGGCAAGAUUUACCGUUUAAAUGGUGCCCCACUACUGAAGUACUGAGACAUGAUGCAUCGAUAACAAGGAGUGAGUAUCGUGAAGGUUCAAGGAAAAACACACCCCAUCACGUUGAUAUAUCUCAUGAUUCACCAUGUUCUAGAGGUGGUUCUUAUGAAGGCUUAAAGCAUGAUAUACACAGUAAUCAUGGUCCAAAGCACAAUGCAUCUCUAGCAGGCUGCCAAUCAGAAAGAGGUACAAAUUCAUUGAAAAAAACAAAUCAUCAAGAGCAAGGUGGAUUCCAAAAGCAAGUAGUGACUAUGCAGUUAUCGACUACUACAAAAGUUCUUUUUCAGAAUGGUAAGGGUGAACAACAGAAGGUUUCUCAAGGAACACCCAUAACUACUGCCAGUGACGCAGCUGUUUUGCAACCACAAAAAUGUACAACUGUUAGGCAUAAUGUAACCCACAAGGAAAUGAACAAG